GCCGGCGCCGCCUCCCCGCUCCGCUCCCUCCUGCCACCUGCGCGCAGCCUCACGGCGAUGUCAGCGGCCACGUCGACGGCGCCGUCGAUCGGAGAGUAUCCUUCCCCGGUGUCCCCUCCCUACCCGGCCACCUCCAAGGACCUGGAGCUCCGGCGCGCCAUGACCGCCUCCGCGCGCUCCGCGGCCUUCGCGUCUGCGGACGUCGUGUUCGAGGACGAGUGGCUCGCCGUCGUCGACAAACCCGCCGGCGUCUACUGCGACGCCCUCCUCACCUCCUUCCCUUGCUCUGCCGUCUCAGGCAAACAUUUCUUGCGACUUGCAGAGAAUCCAGCAACUAAACCUAACCUUCACCUUGCAAACAGGCUGGACCGUGAUACUAGUGGGCUCAUGGUUAUCACCAAAUGCAACAAAGUUGCUGGGAAGCUAGUGAAGGCAUUCACUGACCAUAAAGUCAAGAAAACAUAUCUAGCUCUCUGCAUAGGUUUCCCACCGGCAUGGGAAAAGAUCAAGAUAUGUUCUGGCCAUGGGCGAUCGAAACACGGCGCUUGGCGUGUAUAUGCUAUGUCUGAUGUUGGCCGUUCACUCCCAGGCGGCUCUGUCGUACGGGACAUGAGCACGCGGUUUGAAGUUCUAGGCGUCAACGGUAAAGGGCAGUUCAGAGAACCCUACAGCUUGGACACCGACGAUAUCGAGCCAAUUACUGUGCAAGAAAAGGCGACUGACCAGACUUGUGGCGGUGAUGCGAACAGCAGUGUCAUCUUGGUUAGAGCCUAUCCCCAGAGCGGACGGACACACCAGAUUCGUCUACACUGCCAGUAUCUUGGUCUCCCUAUCAGAGGUGAUGUGAAGUACGGCGGGGUGAUCGAGUGGGACGGCGUAGAGUGUGAGGGCCAUGCACUGCAUGCGGAGAGCUUGUCAUUUGUACACCCCAUCACUGGAUUGCCCAUCACUCUCCGGUCACCUCUCCCUCCAUGGGCAAAAGAUUGCAUAUCAGCAAUGGAAUAAAGUUCCCUUGGCCUCAAUGUGAUGCACGAUGCUCCAUUUGGCACUGAAAUGUCCACCAAGGAUGUAACUCUGAGAUCUCAAAAGGCAUCAUCUCUUGAAGACCUUUUCUGGGAGUAGCGUUGGGAAAUAGCACUAUCAAAUAUACUGAGUCCACUGUUACAGGCAGUUCUACUUGAGACUGUAAUUUUAGCACGUGUACCGUAGAGAUAUUGAGUUGUUUGUUGUAGUUUUGUUUCAAAUUGUGAGUACCCAAACGCAGGCACACACAACACAUGUUGAACCAUGGAUAUUUAUUUAUUUAUUUAUUUGGUCGUUCAACAAGGC